AUGGCUGUCCAGCGCCCCCGGCGGCGGUUGCGCUCGCUGUGCUUCCUGCUGGCCGCGCUCUUCUUCAUCAUCUUCUCCAUCUACAUCUACGGCAAGCCGUCGUCCAGCAACCGCUUCUACGACGCCCACUACACCGAGUCCCCUGUCGACCCCUUCCGCGGCCGCCAGCUCGCCUUCUGGACUGCGUUCCGCGACAUCCUCGACCGCCAUGCCCCCGAUUGCCCGUCGCCCGAAAUCACCGGGUUCGCCAACCCGACCCCCUUCAAUGCCCUCGAGUCCAGUCCGCGUCCGGACCUCAUCGUGCUCCCUGCUGCCCAUCGCGAGACCAUGAAGUCGGCGCACGUCGCGUUCGUCGACGAAAUCCGCUCCGCCAAAUCGGUCAAGCCCAUCCACACCCCCGGGUCGCGAGGCUUGGUGUCCAUGGCGGGCGGCCCCUACUUCCCGCUGUUCCUGGCGCAGCUACGCAUGCUCCGUCGCAGCAACUCAAACCUGCCGGUCGAGGUCUUCCUGAGGGAUUCGAGCGAGUACGAGAAUCACCUGUGCGAAAAAGUCCUGCCUCAAUACAACGCCAAAUGCGUGGUCUUGUCCGCGCUGCUGGGAUCCACGAAACACAAGGGCGUGGAGAUCGAGCACUACCAGUUCCGCACCUUUGCCGUGCUGUUCUCGUCCUUCGAGGAAGUCGUCUGGAUGGAUGCCGAUUGCUUCCCACUGUAUCGAGUGGAGGACCUGUUGGAUUCAGAGCCCUUCGCUUCCACGGGCUUGGUAACGUGGCCCGACUUCUCGGCUUCUACUACCUCCCAGCUCUUCUAUGAGAUCUCGCAGCAAGACAUCCCCCCCAUGACUCUGCGCGCCGCCACCAAGACGGGCGUGUUUCUCAUCUCCAAGAAAAAGCAUUUUCUGACCCUUCUUCUCGCGGCCUACUACAACUAUCACGGCCCGUCUCAUUACUUUGCCCUGCUGUUGCAGGGUGCCUCCGGACAGGGAGACAAGGAGACUUUUCUUCAAGCAGCAUUGGCCUUGAAAGAGCCCGUCUACCCAGUCAGUGAACGGGUUGGCGCUUUGGGACAUGUCGUUGAUGGCGGCGAGAUGGCUAUCUCUGCGGUAGCCCAGGCCGACCCCAUUGAAGAUUUCACCUUGACCAAGGAAGGGAAAUGGCGAGUGCAAGACCCCGCGGCGGGGAAAGCGCCUCGUGUGUUUUUCAUCCAUGCAAGCCAUCCCAAGUUCGAUGCCAGCGACAAUAUCUUUGGAUAUCAGUGGGACGGCAGCGUCCCGGCCUCCAUGCCCCCCCCUACCGCGGGCCGACUAUGGACCGAUAACGCGGAUGUCAUCAGGAGGUUCGGCUAUGAUGCCGAGAAGGCGUAUUGGGAAGAGGUCAAAUGGGUUGCGUGCAACUACGAGACAUCGCUUCAUGCAUGGGCCGCUAAGCAUGGAGUAUGCGACAAUAUUCAGGGGCAUUGGCGGAAUGUCUUUGAGAAUGCUCAUGACGACGAUCUUCAAUUUACUGACAAUUAG